CGCUCUACAAGAACAUGCUCAAAGAUUUGAAGGAUGGUGGUGUCAUGGACUAUACGAAGGCGGCCUGGGCACUCAACCAUGCUACACACGCAGUGAAGACAAAAGUGCCACUCGAGCAGAGGAUGUUUUUCGUUCAUAACGUCUUGCCGCGGGAGUCGAAAGCAAAUAAUCUUUUGUUCCGCCUUGGCAUCGACAUAGAACAGGAGUGCACGCAAACUACACACAUCAGGACGAUAUGGCUCAGUCUGCCACUUUCAAUUCCUCCAGCCUUGAGCUUGAAGGGCCUCGUCAAUGGACACUCCUUCGGUCGUUGGUUCUUCCAAUGCGACCGAGGAUGACUUGAAAGCUAAAGGUGGAGAGGUUACAUGACUGCCAGAUCCACUCUGUCCUUGGCUUGCGUGCAUUUUCCGGUCCCACUAAACAUUUUUCGUUUGGUGGUGAAUCCCGACAGUUUUGGUCAGUCUGUCGAUAAUCUAGGUUGGAUAAUUCCUUUUCAUGGACAGA